GUUUAUUUCACGAAAAUUCGCGUGUGAUUUUCCAAAGAUCCUGCUCGGAAAAUAGGCUGCUUUGCUGCGGAAUGUGUUUGGAAGUGAGCAAAAGUGUUAAUCGUGAAACAAACGGGAAGCAGGUGGAGCAUAAAAUGGAAGAAACCCCGAACGAUGGGUUCCGCAUCCGGCGGGUAGCCGGCGGAUCGAUCGUCAGCCACCCUCCGCUGUUUUCUGCGGAUGGAAACCUACUGUUUGUCAUCAACGAAAAAGCGAUCCUUGCGUUCAGCGCCAACACAGGGGAGUUUGUGCGGAACUACGAGAACACCGUUACCGCCGGGCAGCUGAUCGGAAUGUGCGUGGACCAGGGCGAGAGCAAGUACAUUUACGGCUGUACCAGUGAUGCGCUGAUUUUGUGCUGGAAAAUCGGGUCCGGAGUGCUACAUGAAAAGUAUGAGGUCCAACUAAGUAGCGAAUUCUGCGUCGAAUCCUUCCACAUCGUGUACGACGGGUACGGUGGGUUCACCUUUUUGCUGCACGGCCGAUUGGAUCGAACGGUGGUUGCACAGUACUGUCCGCGGAGGCGCAGAGUGCUAGAAUUGAUUAGCCUCACGAUCCAAGAAAAACAAGAUCUUCCCGAUAACACAUACUCAGCAAACAACGAACAGUACCUGAAAGUGUUGGUCGCGGCUGGAGGAGUUGGAUUGAACUAUUUCGCUUACGUUGGCGAGUAUCACUGGAACUGGGUGGUGUUAAAGUCGAAACCCAUUUUAAAAACACGACCGCACGUUGGCCGAGUGAAGCCUGUGCUGGUGGCUUGCCAUCCAACGGAGCCCAUCGUUGCCGUUGGUGAUAUGCUGGGUCGGGUAACGCUGUACCGCGAUUUCCUGUUCACUAGAUCGCCCGUCUACGACCAGUACCACUGGCAUCCGCAUGCUGUACAAUGUUUGGCGUUUACUGGCAGCGGAACUCACUUCUACUCCGGUGGUUCUGAGCGUGUGCUGGUCAAGUGGAAAAUUGGACAACACGAGAAGGCAGAUCUGGUACCGCGUGUUAGCGAUAGCAUAGCACAUGUGGCAGUUGGGCCGGAAAAUCUCAAGAUUGCUCUCUGCACGUCCGAUAACAGCAUCCGAGUGUUGAACGCAUUCCACAAACCGAUCGCAACGGUGCAGAGUUUCUCGAAGAUAUCGAACGAUGUUCCCGGGGCAGCGCUGUUCCCGAUCGGUCUGCGGACGAACCCGCGGACGCAGGCAAUCAUACUAAACGGAAGAGUAGGCUGCAUUCAGUUCUUCUCAACCUACACCAACAGCCUACUCUACACGCUGGAUAUUACGCUGCGUAACUACAAUACGAACGAAGAUCGCUCCACAAUCCACAACACCGUCGUAACGAACGUGGCCGUCAAUGUGCACUGGUUGGCCACCGUAGAACACUGGACGGAUUAUCACAACUCCACGGAGACGCGCCUCAAGUUCUGGAAGUACGAUGAAUCACGACAAAUCUACUCGCUAAACACAAGCGUCGAAAAUGUCCACCUGGGAGGUGUCUGUGGACUGGAGUUCUCAAACCACGGCCGUGAGCGAGAUGUGCAAUGUGCAUCGGCUGGAUUGGGAGAUAAUCGUAUCAAGCUGUGGUCGGUAGAGGAGGUUCAACAGACCGGCGGCAGUGACAAGCCCGUCUGGACGUGCACCGGACUGGUGCAGUACCGUAAUCUGCCCGUACGGUCGAUAUCUUUCUCACAGGAUUGCUCACUGCUGGCCGCCGGUUUUGGGAAUGUUUUGUGCGCUUGGAAUACGGACACACUGAAGCUCAAGUGUGCUCUUUCCGCACCGAAUGGUUUCGACGGGUGUGUGAAUCGUGUCGUUGUGACGGUUCCAGAGAGAAAAACAACCCCGAAAAAGCAGUCCAGCAACCGCUACGAAGAGGCACGCCGUAAGAUUAUUGCUGAAAUGAUUGAGCUAAUGCAGGGUAAAACGGACAGUGCCCUUGUCCGGAAUGCAACCGACAAACGUCGUAAAACGCCGUCCUCUCGUUUGCUUUCUGCGCGCAGGGAAGUUGAGGAUGGUGCACGGGAGGGCAUAACGGAAACGCAGAAGAGUAUCAUUUUCCAGAAAAUUCAGGCCACUAGCCUCUUGAACAUCUUCAAAAAAGCUAGCCUUUUCAGCUCGUUUGGAAUUGGCUGCAAGACGAGCAGUGGCAUGAAGCGACGGAUCGAUGCGAAAUUGCUUGCCUCUAGCCGCACAAGCCGAAAGGCUGAAAGGGACCUGUAUGUACUAAUUAACGGGUUAAGCACAGGCAGCAAGUAUCGGGCCCUGCAAAAGGUGCACAAUGUUGAACGCUUCCAAUGCUCGUUCCGUUCCUGUGGAUUGAGACACGUUUUUGUGAUUAAUCCUAAGGAAGUGCGAACGCCAGUGUCUCAGAGAGAGGAAACGAGCAACGCUACAGGACAGGGUACCGCUGUUCCAGUGAAAACUGCUGCCCAGAUACGCAAUGUCUUGUUUUGCAAUGGACCGUACUCGCAUCUCGUGGUUGUCAGCACCGAGAACCGUCUUAUGGUAUGGAAUCUGCUCUCCCUCAAGCUCCAGGUAUCGGUGGCGCUCUCCAUCGAACAGAUAGCGUUGGAUCCUUUUACCAAUCUAAUCGCUACGUUCACGGACAAUAACGAAUUGUACGUAUUUCUACCCAAUAUCCCCAUGCCACUAUAUCACCGGGAACGCUUACCGAAGGUAUACGGAGCCGUCUGGAUACCGCGACGCUAUCCACGCUCUCAAUCAUUAAACGUCGAUUGGCAGGCAACAUCGCAGUUAUUUUUCCUCAAUGAAAAACAGGAAUUGCUGCAUCUAGUAUCGGAUCAUGAUGAGGAAUCGCUUGGGCCAGUGAUGUGCAUGAAUGAGGCGGUACUGGGGCCAAACACACCAUUUGCCGCCAUGUUAGCAAAACAGUCCACCGGCAGCAACGUGCAAACGAAUGUUCGUUCCGGCUUAAGCAUCGGAAUACCUGGCAAAAGUGCAGUGAAGGAGAUAGUUUCCUCGUCUUCCCAUACGAUGGCCCCGGUAAGCUUGUUGUGUAAGGACUUCCUGCGAUCAUUGAUUGUCAGCGAGGAGAAGAGUGGGAAGGACAGUGGCGGGGUACAUUCGGAGCGUAGUAUGCUGAACGGCGGUGCUGGUGAUGGCAGAAACCGCAAGCAAAGUGAAUCGGACAGUGGCUCAUCGGAUAAGGAUGACACAGAAGAGGUCCAAGGAGACGACGAUAACCAAGCAGCGGGCCGACAACGGAAUCGUGCUCUGUUGAACGAAAAAAUCCAAUCACGUAAAGCUGCCCUGGCCGUUGUUAAUCGUGCAAAGAAAACCUAUGCUGCCACUAGUAGUGCCGGUGGUAAAGUGAGUGCAAAACUGAGAGAACUUUUUGACGAACCGAUUGAUUUAUGUUUUUGAACCGGCAUGUAGCCAACUGCAGAUCAGUGUGUGUAAAGAAGCUGGUACUUUAGAAUAGAAUGUAGAUAUAUGGUUAAACGCAAAUGGUUGUUUGUCCAAGCGUGUUAAGGUCCUUUAAAUUUGAAAAGUUUCAAUAAUAUUGUCAAUAAUAUCUUUCAUUGUUUCACGAUA